GAAUGCAGAAAAGUUAUAAAGUUUGUGCUUGAGACAUAAAGGUGCACUUAUUUGUUUGGCAUUAGAAAAUUAAACUUUCAAAGCAACAAGCAUGAAAGCAUCAGGAAGUUUCAAUUAUCUGGUAGCGCUGCUAUUUGAUCAUUCGGCGAGGUGAAUAAGUAAUACAAACUCUUAUCAUUAACUGGUUCUCCCUUAGUAAGGCACUAAGUAACAAAAGAGUAGUGAAGUAUGACUUUCUCCGGCAAGGUUGUAAUUGUAACCGGCGCUAGUUCCGGUAUUGGUGCUGCUACCGCCGAGCUGUUUGCAAAACAAGACGCCAAAGUGGUGCUGGUUGGACGUAAUGAGGUAAAUCUAAAAGCAACUGAGGCGGCAUGCAAGGCAGCGAACAGCAGUGCUGAAUUGCUAAUUAUUAAGGCAGACAUAACGUUGGACGCAGAGCGCGUUAUUAAUACAGUCAUUGAGAAAUUCGGUAAAUUGGAUGUUUUAGUUAAUAAUGCUGGUAUACUAGCUGGUGGAAAUAUACUUGAUAUCGAUGUGGAGCAAUUCGAUCAGAUACUCAACACAAAUUUACGUGCGGUUUUCGUGUUAACUAAACUCGCCGCCCCACAUUUGGUGAAAAGCAAAGGCAACAUUGUAAACGUAUCCAGCUUGGCUGGCACACGCUCAUUUCCGAAUAGCUCAAGCUAUUGCGUCUCUAAAGCUGGAUUGGACCAAUUUACCAAGUGUAUAGCUUUGGAUUUGGCACCAAAAGAGGUACGAGUGAACUCUGUAAAUCCCGGUUUGAUUGUGACCAAUAUUCACCGUCGUGGCGGCAUGUCUGAUGAGGCAUAUGCCAAGCAUCUGGAACGUGGUAAAGAGACACAUGCUUUAGGACGUGUUGGUAAUCCAAUGGAGGUGGCUGAAGCGAUUGCUUUUCUGGCCAGUGAUGCUGCCAGCUUCAUCACGGGUGCAAUAUUGCCCAUCGAUGGCGGUAGGCAUGCUAUGUGUCCGCGUUAAAUAAAGUUUUCUUGAAGGGAAGUACAUAAUUUCCUUAUCAUGUUAUGUUAAAAAAAUGAAGUAACAUACUUAUGUAUGUAUGUAUCAAAGAAAAAUCACUAACCCAGUAGGCAAAUAAGUAAGCACCUUACCUUAGGAGAUAAUCCAUGUAUUCUCUAAGCUUUUAGUAUCAAAAUUGUCGAGUGGGAAAAUUAGAAAUUAAAUAUAAAUAGUUUAUCUACAAUUAAAUUAAAUAAAAACCUAUCGUUUGGGCGUUAAUGUUAACGACAUUUGGUAAAAAUUCAAGGCAAUAUCGCUCUAUUGCUCAUCAGAGGCAGUUUUAGAUUAGUCAACAAGAUAUCUAGAUUAUUGUCUCGAGGUUCCAGAACAGGGUCAAUGUGUCGAAUUUCAACUGAUUUGGAACUUUCAGUAUGAAUUCAACAAGUAAAAAAGUCUAAGUUCGGGCGAAGCCGAACAUUAAAUACCCGGUGCAUGUAUU